AGUAUUUACUAUCCUGGGUUGGGUACACUGUAAUUUGAGGUGUGGACGAUCGCACUGAAAAUCGGCUUGUAAAUCAGUCUACCUUUUAAUUCUAAACGAUUUUCUGGUUGUGUGAUCUGAGGAGGAACGUUGAAGAUGCCUGUGUUUCAUACUAAGACCAUUGAGAGCAUCUUAGACCCCGUUGCUCAACAGGUUUCUCAACUUGUCAUUUUCCAUGAAGAAGGAGAAGAUGGACGAGCAAUGCCAGAUCUUUCGGCACCAAUCAAAGCUGUCGGCGCUGCAGUUGCCAACCUGGUUAAGGUUGGACAGCAAACAGCAGCAAAUAGUAAAGACAAGAUCCUAAGACAAGAGAUGCCAUUAGCAUUUACAAGGGUUGAAGAAUCAUCAACAUUCCUGGUGGAAGCAGCCAAGAUACUUAAAAACGACCCAUACUCAUCUGUUGCGAGGAAGAAGCUAAUCGAUGGUGCAAGAGGGAUUCUUUCUGGAACCUCUGCUCUCCUUUUGACCCUCGACGAAGCAGAAGUAAGACGAAUUCUCCAUGUCUGUAAGAGCUUGUUGGAGUAUUUCCCUGUAGCUGAAAUGGUAGAAGAAAUGACGGACCUGGUGACUUUUGUCACCAAUCUGACUCCAGGAACGACUUCUCUUGCAAAACAAGUGGAAGAAAGAGCAGAGGAGCUUACUCAUCAUGAACACAGAGAUAUUUUAAAAUCCUGUAUUGGAAAAAUUAAGCAUCUUGUUCCACUAUUGAUAUCUGCUAUGAAGGCCUUUGUCAAGACACCCCUUGGAGCUGGUCGUGCCGAAGCACAAGAGAACAGAAACUUCAUCAUCACCAAAAUCUGUGCUGAAAUCACCGAGAUCAUGCGAGUAUUGCAACUGACUUCGACGGAAGAGAACAAAGGAGAUGAUCCAUUAUACGACAUGAAGAAAGCAGUGUCUGUGUUUGAUAGCAAGUUUGAUAAAGCACGAGAAUGGAUUGGAGAACCAACGUGUGAUGCUGGUGGCUUAGGUGACCAAGCAGUGCGUGAAUGCAUCCAACAAGGUCGUUUAAUGGGUAGUGUAUGUCAGGACCCACAGAAGAACAAGAUUCAGAGGUGUUGUGAUGACUUAGACCGGCUGAUGAGUGAACUGGAGACUCUCAGGUCCCAAGGCAAGGGAACAACACCAAGAGGACUAGAGUUGUCCAGAGAAGUUGACAAGCAGUUGGGUGUCUUAAGGAACCUUAUGGAUGAAGCCAUUCACCAUCAAGGGAUCAGUGGCAUCAAAAAACCUGCCAACACGUUUGUUGGUAAGAUGGAACAGGCUCAACAAUGGCUCGCUAACCCUAGUGGAGAUCAUACCGGACUUGGUGAAAAAGCAAUCCGCGAAUGCAUAAAUGACGCGAGAAAAAUCGCUGACAAAUCCUCGGGACCUGAACGAAUGGAGCUCUUGAAACUCUGUAACGAGGUUGAAAGACUCACUGACGAACUGGCGGACCUAAAAAGACGGGGAUUGGGUAACUCACCUCAAGCCUAUGCCUUAGCCAACAAGUUGAGCAACAAACUAGACGAACUGCACCGUCAAACACAAAGAGCCAUCGCUAAUCAAGUGGCUCAGAACUUCGUUGACCCAACAGGACAGAUAAAACAACUUGAGAGGGCGGCUAAAGCUCCAAGAGGUACACCGAAUCGUGAGGCUGAUUUUGAAACCAAAGCUGGUAACUUUGAACAUCAAGCCAACGAAAUGGCCGACACUGCUUUUAGAUUUGCCAACAAUUCGAGCACAACAAGAAAGAAAUCUCUGGAAGAUAUUAGAAAAACAGCACAAUAUAUGAAAGAACUAACCCCACAAGUAUCUCAUGCUGCAAAAGUUCUUCUUGAUAACCCAGAUGAACCUGCGGCUGGAGAACAUUUCGAGAAACUCAAGGAUGAAUGGGUUCAGGAAACUACAAAACUGGCUAAUUCUAUUGACUCUACUGCAGACACUUUACAGCUUAUUGAAGCUUGUGAGGAAGCCAUCAACAGAGAUGUCCUCGCCUGUGAUAAUGCGCUUUCACAGGAGAACCCUCAGUUGGUUGUUGCUAAGACAAGCAACAUUGCUCGCAUGGCCCAGCGCAUCGCAAAGCUGGUCAACGCAGAGGCCGAGAACACCGAGGAUCCAGAAUUUCGUGCUAAACUGGAACAAAUGUCAAGGAAUAUCCAAGAUGUGAUCGCACCUCUUGCUAUCGAGGCCAAAUCAGUGGUUUCAAACAUCAAAGACAAACAGGGCCACGAGAGACUUAGAGCGGCCAUGAGAAGGGUUCAAAGGAACGUAGGUGAAGUACGCAAAGUCUUUAUUGAUAGAGCAACACAAUCUGAUGAUGAGGACUUUCCACCACCUCCUCCACCCCCUCCCCCAGAAAUGGAAGAUCUGAGCCUUCAUGAGAGAGAGAGAGCACCUCCCCGUCCCCCACUCCCACGGGAGAUGACAACGAGUGCCCCACCCAGACCUCCCCCACCCGCGAUGGAGCCCAAAAUUGACAUGAAUCUACAAAGCAUGUUGGAGAGUCCACCAGAAGACAACAGAAUGGCGAUGGCAGCGAGUAACCUGCACAAAGAAAUCCUCAAGUGGGAAGAACAAGGAAACGACAUGAUACAAGCGGCUAAAAGAAUGGCCGUUCUUUUUGCCAAGAUGUCCAAGUUCAUGAGAGAUGAAGAAGAAGGCGAACCUCACUCUAAGAAAGAGUUGAUUCAACUGGCCAAGGAGAUUGCUACCGCGAGCAAGGAAAUCGUGAAAUUUGGUAACCGAGCUUGUCAGAAAUGUUCUGAUAAGAGACUAAAAGCGUCAAUGCAGCAAACCAUUGAUCGAAUCCCAACCAUUAGUACCCAACUCAAGAUCGUGUCUACAGUCAAAGCCACCAUGAUUGGGUCUCAAGAACUCGAGGAAGAUCGUGAAGCAACAGAGACAUUGGUUGGCUGUGCUGAGAACCUAAUGAGUGCUGUCAGGCAGACUGUUCGUGAAACAGAAGCUGCGUCUGUCAAGAUGCGUACCGACGCUGGCCUUGUCAUGCACUGGAAGAAAAAACAAUAUUAAACUCAACGACAAAUAGGAUUUUUAUUACAAUGAAGACUGGGACUUGGGAACUGGAAUGCAAAGAUAAUACGCAAAGAGCAUGCGCAUGUGUAGUCUUUUUCGCGCGCUUUGCAGAGUUAGAUUCCGCACGCGUCUGCCGACUUUUCCGUCGCGGUUUUUGGUAUGGAUAUGGACUACACAUGCGUCUGAGUGGCGUUGUGUAGUAAUGGUUUUUUAAUUAUGGAAUUUAUUCUACAAAGGUUCGUUACCAACAAAUAUAGUAAAAAAUAUUGCUGGUUUGCAAUCAUAUCUAAGGGAUUUAGAGAAGGGUGACCAUGUUGGACGAAGUUCAUUCAACAUGGUAACCCGCCUUUUUUCGACUGGCAUAUUCAAAUAAUGUAAACUUAUAGCUGUCUUAGCCUAUGUAGCGAAUAAUCAUUCAUUGGUACAAUUAGGUAACUAAGGAGAGUAACUUAGAAAUUAAUACAAUACAGCAAAUAUCAAUUACUAAAUUACAAUGUCUCAUUAAGGAGGUUUUUGAUGAAGAAAGAGAAAAUUAAGAUAAAUAGAUCAAGGUAUUUCUUAUCAGAAUGCAUUUUUUUUAACCAUUUUCAAAAACUCUUGAAAACUAACAUAAUCAUCAGCAACUGUAAUAUAAUGUUAAGAGAUAUUUUUUCAAUUUCCCCCCUACCCCCGGUGUUUUCGAUCACUCAAUUUGUUUUCGUUAUACGCGUUCAUGCGAUCACUACGGAUGCAAAAAUAUCGUAUGGAGUUUAAAUCGUUUUCUAAAACGCGUAGAUAUAUAUAGAUCUACAUUUUUACGAAUCUUCAUUCCUAAAGUGACUCGGAAGUUUUCUACGCAUACUUUGGUAGCGUUUGUAUCAUGACGUCAUUAUAAAUUUGACCAAAUAAGGUAAAAGUUUUGAGACAUUCAAUUGGAUAUUUUUCUUAAAAGGUCUAGAAAAAACAUACUUGUGAAACUGUUGCCCGAAGGAACUAAAUGGGGCCAUUUCAUAGGCUCAUUUUACGUCACUGUUUUUUUGGCGAAGGGGCGGUCGCCUUUCAAGAUGGCGACGCUAUCUGAGCCUGUUACUUCGUUGGCUCAAAAAUUGCAAGGUAAUCCAGAUACCACUUUUUCAUUGGAGCACUAAAAUCCGCGCUCAGAAGCAAUAGUAUUUGGCACUGACCAGUAGAAAUGCAGCCUCGUAAAAUGUUAAGGAGUGAAUUUCAAAAGUAAUGUAGUUUUAAUCACAGGAAGCCCAAGUAUAGCCAAUAUGAAACAUGAAUAUUGUAACAGUACAUUCUGGUUCCUAGAGCCUGCGCUAUUGCCAGCCAGGGGAAGGCAAGGCGCGAAGCUAGAGCAGGCUAGCACAGGCUCUGGGAAUGAGAAUGGUAACAGUACGUAUCAUCCAGGCACAAAUUUGGGAGUUCGUAUAUAGAUAGGGACCUAAUAUUUUGAUUUAAGUUACCUAUUAAAUGUUUUCUAAAAACA